AGGGAGGAACCUAUCCGAAGCGGGGCACGUUGCGCCGCUGGGACGCCAUGCGCACGCCGGCACGAGCGAGCGCAGCAGCGAUGCCAGACCCUGAUGACCGGCCGCACACGGCGCCAGGGUCCUCCUCCUCCGCCACCUCCAACGGGUUUGCCGUCGCUCGCCCCGCGUCGUCGUUAUCGUCGUCGCUUUCCUCCUCCUCCACGCCCAGCGCCGCCGACCUCAAGAGACGCAAGAACCUCGAUUUCGGUGCGGGCGGCGGUAGCAGCCGGAAGCCGUUCCGGCUCCGCGACGGGGAUCGCGGAGAAAGGCCUCGUGCCGGGGAGGGCGUGGGCGUGGGAGAAGGGUCCGAUGGGCCGGAUCUGACCGAAGAGGAAGUCGAGAUCCGGAGCGACGUCGCGGAUCUCGAAGGGGGUCUAGGCGUGGAAGAGGAGGAGGUCGCGCAGGGCGCGAAGGCGAGGUUGGCCGCGUUCCGGUGUGGGCGCUCGUAGGCGCGCGCUUGCGUAAUGGGGAACGAAUCAGAAGCGACUUCGUUAUAAUUACGGCACGUUGUCGAUCCAGAGCGCUCUGACGGUCUCCCCUCUUCCCUUAAUCUGGUAGGUAUGACGACAUGAGACGACAAAGUCUGGAUCUUCUUCUCGCCCCGUCGCGUUUCGCAUCUUAUUUCCCCCAACCGUCUCUCGCUUGGAAUAGUUCAUUCAUCAUUCGUCGGGAAACCAUCAAUGCCAUGUUUU